GCCCACCAGGGCAUAAAAGGAGACAUCUUGGUGCCGGGAACCACAUCGGCGGUGGAGCUCCGUAGCCGAAGGACCGAGGAUGGAAGGGUUCUUCUGCAAGACCUUGCUGGUGGUUGCAGCUCUCGCCAUCGGUGGGACCUCCUCACUGCCCCACAAACCCCUGACCUAUGAGGAGGCCGUGGACCUUGCAGUGAGCACCUACAACGGCAAAUCUGGGGAAGAGUCCCUGUACCGUCUCCUGGAGGCUGUUCCUCCACCCAAGUGGGGUCCUCUUUCUGAAAGCAACCAAGAGCUGAACUUGACCAUCAAGGAGACGGUGUGUCUGGUGGCCGAAGAACGGUCCUUGGAGGAAUGCGACUUCCAGGACGACGGGGCCGUCAUGGGAUGCACAGGCUACUUUUUCUUUGGCGAGUCGCCCCCAGUGCUGGUUCUCACCUGCGAGCCUCUCGGUGAAGACGAGGAGCAGAACCAGGAGGAGGAGGAGGAGGAGGAGAAGGAGGAAGACGAGAAGGAUCAGCCCAGGAGGGUCAAGAGAUUCAAGAAAUUCUUCAGGAAGCUGAAGAAGAGCGUGAAGAAACGUGUCAAGAAAUUCUUCAAGAAGCCAAGGGUCAUCGGGGUCUCCAUCCCCUUCUAAGAGAGGGGCUCGGGAGGACCUCAGCCUCCGCACUCCGAUCCCAGGAAAACCGGCAGAGAAAAUGAGGCCGGCUGCUCCAGUCCGUCAAAUCAUUUCCGAAUGGGAUGCUCUGCCAAUCAAUCCAUGAAUAAAUAAAUAUAUACUCG